CAACUGCCCCGCCAUCACAGCUCCAACCUCCGGACACAGCGAGCUCACGAUACCCUCACCGCACCAUGGUGAUCAACUACAGCAAGUGGGACGCCCUCGAGCUCUCCGACGACAGCGACAUCGAGGUGCACCCCAACGUCGACAAGAAGUCCUUCAUCCGCGCCAAACAAGCCCAGAUCCACCAGGAGCGCGACCGCCGCCGCCACCAGAUCAAGACGCUCAAGUACGAGCGCAUCAUCAACGAUGGCCUCACCGAGCGCAUCGGCCUGCUCCUCACCUCGCUCAAAUCGCACAAGGACAGGGCGGGAGACGCGGGCCAGACGGACCAGCUGGUGUUCCAGAGCAUGAUGGAGGGCAUGAUGGCGAGCGGGGAGGAUCGGCCGCCGCCGCCGCCGGAAGGCGUGCACGAGCAUAUCAAGGAGAAGCCGACGUAUCCGCAGAUGAUGGCCAGCUUGGUGGACCAGGUGAAGAAGGAGGUGGACGAGAAGAAGGGAGAGGGCAACCGACUGGACCAGUUCAUCGCCGGGCUGGAAUCGCACAGGGCGCGCGUGCAGAGCCUGCAGAAGGAGCUGUUGGCGAAGCUGGACGAGCUGGAGAAGGAAGAGAAGCGGCACAUAACAAGCGAUGAUAUCCACGAAGGCUUCAACUACUCCAGCGUGCAGCAUUCGCAUAAGCCCGCCGCCGCCUCAUCAGCAACGGCAGCGAAAGAAACCGUAGAGCUGCUCAACCCACCCAAACGCCCCGGCGCUCAGCGCGCCGACACAGGCCAGUCCUCCGGCGCAGACGGCGACAUCGAAGAAGGCACCGCCGUCGACGACGACAGCGUAGAAGCUUCGCCGCUCGCCAAGCAGUUCGCAAAGAUCAAGCGCGGCGACUGGGGCGCGUGUCUAAACUUCAUAUCGCAGCACCCACAAAUCCUGAGCGAGAAGGAAACAGACGGCCUGCUGGUGGAAGCAUUCAACUCGGAGCUAGAGGGCAAGCACAAGCACGCGAAGCAGUGCGUGCACCAGGGACUGCUGCUGCAGUACUGCCGGCAACUGGGUGGCCGUGACGGCGUAGCCAUGUUCUUCAAGCGGGUGCAGACCAAGGACCACCAGGCCAGUAAACUGUUCAACGACGACGUCGACUCGACAUACCGCCGCAUCCACGACCGCGCCGCUGAGAUCAAGAAAGAGCGCGACGAGAACCCGCAGUCGCAGGAAGGCGUCGAGCAGAUCCAGCUGCACGCCGUAGACCCGAACACCACCAUCAACAUCGUCGUGCCUCCCAAGGAGUCGACGGCCGAGGACCCGGAGGUGCGCGCAGCCGAAGAAGGCUCACGGCAGCUAUUCGAGACCUUCCCGCCGGGCCUGCAGAGGGCGCUGGAAACCAGCAAGCUGGAUGAGGUGAACAAAGUGCUAGCCAAGAUGAGCGUUGAAGAAGCGGAAGAAAUUGUGGGCAAGCUGGGCGAUGGCGGCAUGCUGAGUCUGGAGCAGGGUGUCAUCGAUGCAACGACUGACGAGGGCAAGAAGGCCAUGGAGGAGAUUGAGAGGACGCACAAGAUGCCGGGCCAGUCAUAGCGCUAGUUACUACAGCAGGGAAGGAUUGGUGCUGUACAUGAAUGGCCGUACGGGUGGAUGAGUAGAAAAUGAGUAUGGAACUGUACUAUAGGCUACACGCCGGUAAUAGUAUCUAUGAUCGUGUACUACAU